UAAAAUCUUUUGAAAAUGUCAUUAAAAUACACAAUUUGGAGGAUUUGACGUGUCGAUUAUCAACACAAAAAUAAUUUUUUGGAGUUUCCAUAACAUUCUAUUAUACUAUGUGUGUUUUUUGGAGGAAACUAAAUGAUUUUUUUUUAAAAAAAAAAUCAGUAAUAACUCUUGAAACAAAGGUUGUUCAUUGUACGAUGACAAAGGAGAGGAUUGGUUUUUUAAUUGUGGAACCAGCAGGAACAACAAAACCCACCACAAGCAAGGGAGAAGAAAGAAGGGCGCAAAGAAGAAAAGAAAAGCAUGGAGAAAACAGAGACAAAGAAGAACAAGAAGAAGAACAACAACAAGAAGCAGAAACACCAACACCCAAAUGACCAAACCACCAAACCAGCUUCUGAUUUCUCUUUCAAGCCAAGCUCCGAUGUCAAAGGUCUCAGAUUCGGCGGCCAAUUCAUUGUCAAAUCCUUCACAAUCCGGCGAGCCAGGACUUUAGAACUCCUCCGGCUCCUCUCUUUUCCGCCGGCCACCAGAAACUCCGGCCACCAGCCGCCGUUCCCUUCAGCCACGGCCUUCCUCCCCACAAACUUCACAAUCCUCGCCCACCACGCCUGGCACACACUCACUCUCGGCCUCGGCACCAAAAAGUCCAAAGUUCUUCUCUUUGUAUUCGAAAAUGAGGCCAUGAAGGCAGCCUUAGACCGUGUUUGGCCGACGGAAAUCCCUCUUGGGGAAGUGAACAAGAAGCUGAUAAGAGGGCUAAGUGGGUGCGAGAUGGCUCGCUUCAAAUUCAGAAAAGGGUGCAUAACUUUUUAUGUGUAUGCAGUUCGAAGAGAAGGGUGUUUUGGGUUUUCUUGUGGUGAUGAUUUGAGAACCAUUUUGGAGUCCGUAAUUGCUCUCAAGGAUUUCUUGGAUCACACCGCCAUGCUCGCCAUGCCCAACCAGAGAACCAUCAGCUAUGCUGCGCCUCCUGUCGCCAUGGCUUAUUAGGCUCUAAUUAUAUCAUUACUAUUCAUUUUCCUCCAUCUCAUAUCAAGAUUUGCCACUUUCUGGUAUUUUUAACCAAGCAGCAGGGGAUUGGUAAUUGGUGAUUGGUUUAUUUGUUCAAACUCUUCUCUCUUUCUUUUCUCUUUCCUUUUUUUUUCCAGAUGAAAUUUGUACCGUAGAAUGAAUAAGACUGGUCGGACUACUUAUAUACUGGCAGUAUACAUUUUCUAUGUGCGGAAUUCUGUCUCUGUUGUAAUGGCAUGGAAGAGCAUCCACUCUUCAAAAACAUGAAAUUCUAUGUGUAAUUACAAAAUAAUUUAUUGGU